AUGAAUCUAUUCGAACUCCGUGAUGUCGUCUUUAAACGGGACCAUGGCAACCCAUACCUCUCGUCCCGCGGUGCGCAGGAAAUGGCUGUGAGCAUUGUAUUCACAGCGCUUGCUUCUUGCUUCGUCGGACUGCGCAUGUUCACUCGUAUUGCCCUCAUCCGCCGUGUCGAGGCCAGUGACUGGGUGGUAAUUAUUGCAUUGGUCAAUUCAUACGUCUUCAUGGGUCUGGAUAUAGUGGAGGCUACUAGCGGGAUGGGAAUGCACGUCAAGGACAUCCCACCCAUGAUCCUUGAGAGACAGUUGAAGGCUUUCUGGCUCACCAUCCCCUUCUACAAUGCGGCCGUUCUAUGUGCCAAAGCUUCAAUCCUCCUGCAAUACUUCCGUGUCUUCCCCACACGUCGCAUGCGCGUCAUCUGUUGGAUCAUGAUCACCAUCCUUGCUAUCUACGGCACUUGGGCUGUGAUCAGUGCUUUCCUGAACUGUGUCCCUGUCGCCAAAUUCUGGGACCCUACUAUCAAGGGCUUCUGCUUGAGCAAGCCUGGUCUAUGGUUCUCCAAUGCUAGCAUGCACAUCACCACCGAUAUCGUCAUUCUUCUCAUCCCCAUCCCUGCUCUGAUUGCAAUUGAUAUUCCCAAGAGACAGAAGAUCGCUUUGAUGUUCAUGUUCGCCUUGGUAACUGACUCUAUCAGUGUUUGCAUCACCAGCAUCAUCCGACUGGUCGCCCUGAAGAAGAUCUCGGACUCGAGCGAUCCUACCUAUGACAACGUCGGCGCCGCCUCCUGGUCCGCCAUCGAAUGCAACACAGGCAUCAUCUGCGCCUGCCUUCCAACCCUGAAACCCCUGCUCUCCCGGGUCAUGCCAGGUCUGAUUUCCACCUUCAGCGGCACCCGUCCUACCCACAACAGUCGCUGCCGAUCCAACCGCCGCUCUGGUCACUGGGACGAGUCAACCCUCGGCGCGCCCGGCGAAGACCCUGAAUUUGUUGGCGCGGAUGUUCCCGAGCGCGUGGAGAUGGUGCCUGGAAGCAACUUUGGAAAAUCCAUGCGGCCAAAUAACCAGAUCACCAAGACUACCUCUGUUACUGAGAUGUCGGAGUAUCAGGAAUAUCAGCACCAGCAUUCUGGUUCUGAGUCGUCAUCAGCGCCCCGCUCUCCUCGGCAUUAA